AGACAGCCGAGCCGAAACCGUGGGGAUCUAGCUUUUCCCUGAGGGCCGAGUUUAAGAUACCGUGCCCGCUACCUCUAGAAGUACAGCAAGCUAGUUACUAGUAUGUGAUGCGAACUUAUGUGUUGACCGUCGAAAUCCCGCUUUCCUGAGGGCCGAGUUUCAGAUAUCGAGCCCGUUACUUUCCCAUAAGUACAGUGAACCGGAUCCGUAGUGAAGGAGAGGAACUGUCUUUAAAAAAUGGCAACCGGUGACCAAUAUGCUGUCGGCAAAGGAAAACCAAGGCGCCUGAUGCGCAGAAUAAGUUUGGCUAGCAUUGGAGAGGUUGUAGGUUAUUUUGGGCUACUCAGAAUUAGGAGCGUCUUAGAUGGUGUCUCUUGUGCAAAAAAGAUAACAAGUGAAGUGGACGAUGCAAUCAUUAAAAUGGCAUCCAAGAACGGUGCUGGUUCCGUUGCCUCCGACUUUGAAGGGAAAACUUCCAUGGAUCCGUCAUACAGACCGGAGAAGGGGACUGAUCUAGAAUACAAAGAUAAAUCGAGAGUCCUGGUCCUGUACACAGGUGGAACGAUUGGCAUGCGUAUUCACGAUGGAGUUUAUACCCCAGAACCAAACUUUCUUGUGAAUGAGUUAAGGAAAUUAUCAAUAUUCCAUGACCAGGAGUACGUAGUUAAACACAGUACCCCAGAACCAAACUUUCUUGUGAAUGAGUUACGGAAAUUAUCAAUAUCCCAUGACCAGGAGGGGAUGAAUUCACCAUUGUGUAUGCCUUUAAGCAAGGAAAAGGCAUAUGUGGUAUACUGUGUGUAUGAGUAUGAGCCCCUGCUGGAUUCUUGCAAUAUGACCAUGGAUGACUGGGCUAGGAUUGCCUCAGACAUUAAGACUUACUAUGAGGGUUUUGAUGGGUUUGUUAUACUUCAUGGGACAGAUACUAUGGCCUACACUGCAUCAGCUUUGUCUUUCAUGUUUGAGAAUCUGGGAAAACCUAUCAUUCUUACUGGCUCACAGAUCCCUAUCUUUGAGACUCGUAGUGACGGCAGAGAUAAUCUUCUUGGUGCUCUCAUUAUGGCUGGAAACUCCAAAAUUCCAGAGGUAAUGAUAUUAUUCAACAAUAAGCUUCUUCGGGGAAACCGUUCAACCAAAUUUAAUAGUAGCAGUUUUGAUGCAUUCCAUUCCCCAAACUUUCCUCCCCUUGCUGUUUUAGAGACUGAGAUUCAUGUGCAUAGGGAUAAGAUUUUUCCCAGCAACACCACUCAAGAAUGUACCCUGUAUACUGACCUUUGUCCUAGCGUGGGAAUACUCCGUCUUUUCCCCACUAUCACCACUGCUAUGGUUCGCCAGUUUUUGGCACCUCCACUCAAGGGAAUGGUCCUGGAAUCCUACGGGGCUGGAAAUGCUCCAGAUUCCAGAGAGGACUUAAUGCAAGUGUUCUCAGAGGCCAGGGAAAGAGGAGUGCUGCUGCUUAACAUCACCCAGUGUCACAGAGGGUCUGUUAGCCCAGGUUAUGCCACAGGACAGGCUUUGACUGUAGCAGGUGUGAUCCCAGGCUCCGACAUGACACCUGAGGCAGCACUGACCAAGCUGGCCUUUGUAAUAGGAAGAGAAGAUUGGAGUUCUGAGGACAAGAAGAAGAAGUUAUCCCAGAACCUCCGUGGUGAAUUGGGUGGGUUUAUGUGGUACUAAUCUAAGCCAGGACAACUAUGACAAAAGAACUGCACUACAUGUUGUAAGGAAAACCAGACCAUACUGUUAAAAACUCUUAAUAUAUACUUUUCUUCACUGUGUUCGUAAACAUGGACACUGAGACCAGCAACCCUUUUGAUGUCCAUUUUGACUGUUUGUCAUAUGACAUUUGAUUUUUUAAAAACAAUUAUUGGGUAAUUUUUUGGGGUGGGGCAGCUUCUCUUGGACAUCAGGAUUUAGCGGAGUUUUUGUUAUAACAAGGGGUGAGUGUCACGGCAGAAGAUAGGUUUGGAUAUACUCCUCUCAAGGAGGCAACUACUAAAGGACACAGAAAAAUCUCCAAGCUGAUCCUUGACGCUGUGAAGCCAAUUGUUAGCACAAGCACUUCCACUGACACUUAACUUAUUUAUUGUCCUGUAUGAAUAUAAUAUGAAAUAUGAAAAUACCUAAUUGUGCACUGUAUUUUAAUUAUAUGCGCUGUUUUGGUGUUUUGACUAUUUGAUGAAAGUGGACUUUUUUUCUUAUCUGAUAUAUGUUUAAAGUACACUGCAUGUUUAAGAGUUUUCCAUAGUGAUACUUACUAUGCCUACAGGCCCUGUAAAGCUAAUGCUUUUUCUCAAUUCAGACCUUAAAAACUGAAAUAUACGGGAAGACACAGUCUUCUAAAUGACUGGCUGGUCAUUUAGAACUACAACAAUUAAUCAAAAUGGAAUAUAAAAACCAAGUGCAGGGAAACCAAGCAAUGAUUC